AUGGACCUCCGUAACACUAUCGAGUCCACUCUGUCGGCGGAUGCCACUGUGCGCCAACAGGCCGAAACAGCGCUCAAAUCGGCCGAACAGCAUCCAGGUUUCACCACCGCCCUACUCGAUAUAUUGCAGGCCGAAGAAAAUGCGGCUGUGCGCCAAUCUACUGCCAUCUACCUCAAGAACAGGAUAUCGAGAGGCUGGUCAACCGAAAACCCUGUUCAUACUCCCAUACCAGAAGGCGAGCGGAAGCCCUUCAGGGACCGUCUCCUGCCCGUCCUUGCCUCCACUCCCUCACAAAUCCGGGCUCAACUCGUGCCUGCCCUUCUGACGAUCCUACAUCACGAUUUUCCCUCCAAAUGGCCGGAAUACAUAGAUAUCACCAUCCAACUGGUGGACGGUCAAGAUGCCUCGUCUGUCUUCGCAGGUCUACAAUGUCUUCUGGCUGUAUGUCGGACAUAUCGCUUCAGAGCAGGCGAGUCGGACCGCGUCAAUCUGGAUAAGGUGGUCCAAGCAUCCUUCCCACGGGUGCUGGCCAUCGGCAAUAAAUUGGUGGACGAAACAAACCCUGAGGCUAGCGAAAUGCUGCGACUGGUGGUCAAAUGCUACAAGCACGCCAUCUACUACGAGCUUCCAACUCCGCUGCGCGAACACCAGACAACGGUCGAUUGGUGCACACUUUUCCUUCGCAUAAUCUCGCACGACCCUCCUGCGUAUGCCAUGAAUGAGGACAUCGAUGAACGAGAACAAAAUCACUGGUGGAAAGCCAAAAAGUGGUGCUAUGCCAAUCUCAACAGACUCUUCGUCCGCUACGGUAACCCGACAGGUCUGUCCACGAGCCAGGCGAAAGAGUUUGGAGAAUUUCCCAAGAUGUUCAUCACUCACUUCGCGCCGGAGAUAUUGAAAGGCUACCUCGGCGAGAUCGAAAAAUGGGUUGGCGGAAAUCAUUGGUUGAGCAAGCCGUCCCUCUCAUAUACUCUGAUAUUCUUGGAGGAGUGUGUAAAGCCCAAGUCUAUGUGGGAUGUUCUCAAACCCCAUAUGGACAAUCUGGUCAAACACCUGGUAUUCCCAGUGCUGUGCUUGUCGGAAGACGACAUCGAGGUCUUCAACGACGAUCCCGCCGAAUAUCUUCACCGGAAGCUGAACUAUUAUGAGGAGGUUUCGGCGCCUGAUAUUGCAGCCAUCAAUUUCCUGAUUGCAUUGACAAAGAGCCGCAAGCAGCAGACAUACGUCAUUCUGUCCUACGUAAAUGAGGUUGUCACCAAAUACGAGUCGGCUCCAGACGAUCAGAAGAAGCCGGUUGAGAAAGAGGGUGCACUCCGCAUGAUUGGUUCUCUAGCUUCUGUCAUCUUGGGAAAGAAGAGCCCAAUUGCCGAUCAGGUCGAGUACUUUUUCGUCCGUCAUGUCUUCCCUGAGUUCAGGUCCCAGCAUGGCUUCCUCCGAGCUCGGGCUUGUGAGACGAUGGAGAAGUUCGACCAGCUUGACUUCAAGGAUCCCAACAACCUCAUGGUCAUUUACCGCAAUAUGCUGGAAUCGAUGGCUGACCAGGAACUACCUGUACGAGUGCAAGCCUCGCUCGCGUUGCAACCACUGAUCAGGCACGACGUGAUAAGAACCGCCAUGCAGCAAAAUAUCCCUCAAAUCAUGCACCAGUUACUGAAGUUGGCGAAUGAGGUCGACGUGGAUGCCUUGUCCAAUGUCAUGGAGGAUUUCGUCGAAGUCUUUUCCGAGCAGCUCACUCCCUUUGCUGUUGCUUUGUGCGAGCAGUUGCGGGACACCUACCUCCGCAUCAUUCGGGAACUACUCGAGAAGAACGAGGCAAAGGCGCAUUUGAAUGGCGAAGCCCCGGAGUAUGGAGAAUAUUUGGACGACAAAUCUAUCGCCGCCCUUGGAGUGCUGCAGACCAUCGGGACACUGAUCCUUACUUUAGAGGCCAGUCCUGAUGUGCUGCUCCACCUCGAGACGAUCCUCAUGCCUGUCCUCACGAUCACGCUCGAGAACAAGUUAUUCGAUCUAUUCAACGAGGUUUUCGAGAUUGUCGAUUCUUGCACCUUCGCCUCCAAGUCCAUCUCAGACACAAUGUGGCAGGCAUUCGAAUUGAUGCAUAAGACUUUCAAGGACGGCGCGGAGCUAUAUCUGGAAGACAUGCUGCCAGCCCUCGACAACUUUGUUGCUUAUGGCCAGGAUCGUUUGGUACAGCAUCCGCCUUACCUUCAAGUCCUAGCUGGAAUGGUUAGAGAUAUAUUCCAAGACCAGAAGGUUGGCAGUGUCGAUCGAAUAUGCGGUUGCAAGCUCGCCGAGGCCCUCAUGCUGCACCUCCGUGGCCGAGGUCCACUCGACACGUAUAUUGAGACAUUCAUCAGCCUAGCCAUGGACAUACUGGCCAAUCCCUCUCAAAAAGCCAACAUGGUCAAGUCUUAUAAACUUCACCUGCUCGAAAUGGUCAUCAACGCUCUCUACUACAAUCCACUACUGGCCCUGCAGAUCCUCGAGUCCCAUAAUUGGACCAAUAAGUUUUUCUCUAUCUGGUUUGGCAGCAUCGACAACUUCCGCCGCGUCCACGACAAGAAACUGUGCAUCGCCGCCAUCUCUGCUCUGCUGACCAUCCGAGGCGAGCAGGUUCCGCAGUCCGUACAGACUGGUUGGCCUAGACUAUUGACAGGGGCUACGUAUCUAUUCCGGACGCUACCCGCGGCUAUGAAGGCACGCGAAGAGAACAUGCGAGCGAAUGAUGGUGCAGAUCUGGACGAUGAAUAUCUCUCUAGCGAAGACCCCGAUGAGUGGAAUGACGAACCGGGUGGCGCGCAAGACGCCUCUGAGUGGGGCAACGUCGAAUCGGCCACUCUGCCAGAUACUAAGGGCGACAUCAAAGACGAAUCGCAAGCGUAUCUGGAUUUCCUCUCUGAAGAAGCCAAGAAGUUCAGUUCACUCGUCGAGGAUGACGAGGAGAGUAUGCUUGAAGAUGACAGCGUUCUAGAAAGCCCACUCGACAAAUUCGACCCUUACGGUACCUUCAAGGAAAGUCUCGGCAGACUACAGCAGGAGCAGCCACAGCUGUACGGGCAGCUCACGGGCGUACUGGCGCAGGAAGACCGCGAUGUAUUGACCCAAGUUGUUCAGCAUGCGACGACGCAGCAGCAACAACAACAACAACAACAACAAGCUGCCCAACGAGCUGCUGUACAGGAAGGCCAGCCCACUGCUUCCACCUAG